AUAGUAUGUAGAUAUAAAAAGAUAUACACUCUUGUCUUUUUUCUUCUUCUUUUGCCCUGAAUUUAUAAAGAUGGUAGACCGGGAUAGUAUUACAACAAAGAAAUCAAAACUUCCUGACAUACAGCAUGUAGAAACAAACGAGUUUGAUUGUGAUGCUCAAAGACUUAGAGAUUUGGGCUACAAACAAGAAUUCAAGCGAGAAAUUAAUCUGUUGGCUCAAAUUGGUUUCUGCUUUACUACAAUGGGUGUCUUGCCAAAUUGGAUGGUAGGCUUUGGCCCUAUCAUCGGCUCUGGUGGCCCGUCUUCUUUGUUCUGGGGCAUGAUUGUUGUAGCCCCUUUUGUGAUGUGUAUUGCUCUUUCUAUGGCCGAAGUUGUUUCUGCCUAUCCGCUGGCAGGUGGUAUUUACUCUUGGUGUUUUCUAUUGAGCAACAAAGAAUGGGGACCAUUCAUGGCAUGGAUUGGUGGGUACUUGUACUUGAUUGGCUUAGUCACGGCCAAUAUUACACUCUCCUGGUCUGUCUCUGAAUUCGUUAUUGGUAUUGCAAAUACAGUAAAUGAGACACAGAUCGAAUCUCAAGGCGUUUAUGUGGGAUUGUACUGUUGUGUGUUUUUCUUGGCCACUGCAUAUAAUUUUCUCGGCAUAAGAUUCAGUGCUUACUUGAACAAGUUUCUUUUGUUCUGGGUAGGCGUUGGCACUAUCGUUAUUAUUUGUACUGUGCCUGCCAUGGCCCCUAAGCAUAAUUCCGCUAAAUGGGUGUUUACUGAAUUCACAAAUACUACAGGCUACACAAAUCAAGGUCUUGUCUUUUUGCUUGGUUUAUUGCAAGCAGGUUGGACACUGAUUGGAUACGAAUGUGGUGUCCAGAUUGUUGAAGGCACAAAAAAAGCUGAUAUUACAGCACCUCGUGGCAUUAUUGUCUGUGUGAUAAGUGCCAUUGUUCAAGGUUUCGCUAUUAUUUUGAUCACAUUGUUUUCAAUUCAAGACGUAGAGGCUUUGUUCGAGUCUAGUAUGCCGGUUGCUACUUUCUUUUUGCAAGCUACUAAUGCUAGAUUGACCACAUUUUUCUUGGCGAUCAUGGUUCUUGCUCAGUUUGGCUCUCUUUGUAACUCCAUUUUAGCCACAGUGCAUAUCAUCUGGGCUCUUUCUCGAGAUGGCUGUCUUCCUUUCUCCAAGACCUUUUAUCAGUUAAAUGAAAAGACCAAGGUGCCUGGUCGUGCCUUGAUUUUUCAGCUUAUUAUUUCCAUUGCCAUCAUUAUGCCUUCGUUUGGCUCAGGUGUUUAUUGGCAAGCCAUUAUGAGUACAUCCGUUAUUUCAAUUAAUGCAUCUUACGGUCUACCAUUGUUAAGCCGCCUUUUGUGGGUUCGGAAUGACAUGCCUAAAGGUCCUUUUAGCCUUGGUAAAUGCAGCUUGCCAUUGAAUAUCAUCAGUAUUAUUUGGAUUUCAUUUUUUAGCGUUAUACUCUGCAUUCCUUCAGUAUCGCCUGUUACGCCCGGAACCAUGAAUUGGGCCUCUGUCAUGAUUGUAGGUGUGCUAAAUCUUUCCAUCUUGUUUUGGCUUGUCUCUGGUCGCAAAAACUACAAAGGACCUGUUGAGAACUCGGACGAAUAAUAUUGCUUUAUAAUAUACAUUAUCCGUUAUUUGUAAACGACCAAUACUAAAUUCUACUACUAUCACUAAUAAACAGCACUUUUCUUUGUAAACCAUAGCAUCUCUUAGUCAAGAAAAGCAGGAGAUACAUAUUAGUAACAAUCUGAUACAAUAUUACGCGAUCGUCUGCGAACAAUAAAGAGAUUUUAGCCUUACACCGAUGCCUUAAUCUACACCUAUAGACUGAUCAGCUUCAAUCAAGUACUCAAUCUAUUGAUCAUCAAAUAUAGUUUAGCCGAAACACGAAAAUUAUACAUCUAGUUUGUCGCAGUAAGAGUUAAAAUCCAAACUUUAUACUAACGAGAAGCUAUCUUGAAAGAAUUUUACGUUAAUAUAUACUCCUAGAAGGCUGAAUAAAG